UUUGUCGUUGGUGGCGUUUUGUCGUGCGCAAAAAAUAUAGAUAUCGGAAAAACUGCGUUUUCAUCAACACCGUAAAAAAUCAGUUAGCAAGUCGCAUAAAAUCGCGUUUGUUACGAUGAUUCGGACCAUGUAAUAAAAUCUAGGUCAAAAGCCUCUACUUUAAAUCAAGAAACAAGCAGUGCCUGUGGUUAAAUUACAGUCAACUUUGAAUUUUAGUAUGGUGGUGAUUGGAUUUAAGACCAAAAUAGCAUUGCUGUCCGCUUUGUCGGCCAUCACUGGACUUAUCAUCGCAGCCAGUUAUUUCCGCCGACGCAAGCCCAGGAUCAAGAAAGGUAAUGGACGCAUACCUCAUCCAAAAGACCUCAGGUCCAAUAGCCAGCUUACAAGACGGAAUCAUGGAAAGCAGAUCCGUAGCCCAAUAAUCGGCUCACCAAAAUCACCAGCUAGGUCAUUGUAUGGCCGAAAAACACGGUCCUACCAAUCUUCACAUUCUAGAACUUCCAGCCUUGCUAGCUCAAGCAUUAGUUCAACCAUUCCAGCAGUCAAUGUUGCUGGCCAAUCAACAGAGGGCGCACUUGAGGGCAACGAUCAAGUGGACACUAGUCAGAUGAAUGGUCUUCACAAUGGAGAGGUAACGCCCACAAAUGAGGUCAGCACUAUCCAAAGGCUCUUUCAAAUGGGAAUGGAUUCGUUUGACUUGGCAGUAGAGUAUUGGGAAAAUGCGCUCGAUAGUGCCCCAAACCCUCCUCGGAGCGAUAUUGAUGCCACUCUUGUACAGAGGCUUGAUGAACUGUUAGUAAAGGCUUACAGCAUUCAAGACCAAUGCGAAGAGGCUGCCCUCAACAUCACUCAGUCACCCUUAGUAAACUCCGAUGACCUUGCCAGACAGCUAGGAGAACUCCAUCUAGGAAGGAGAUCUAGCGACGGAGGCUCGUCAAGUGAUUCGUUUGUCUCAGCAACUGAGCUUGAAGAUUUAGAGACACUAGAAAACGGUAGGAUACGAGGGCACCAUCAGUUCUAUGAACAUGCAUUGAAAAUUGUUAGGAGUGGUGGAGUACAAGUACGUCGGAACAGAACCAAGAUGUUGAAAUGCAAGAGUGAAGAGGACUUCUUAGCAAAAGUGCACUGCCUCAGGGAAGCAAUGGCUCUGCUGCUGUCAGAUGUGACUGUCCUCAAUUGGAUUGUCAGCUCAGGCAAAAAGUUGGUAGCCAACCUUCUUAUUCAAGGCAAUUAUGAUACAGAGCAAUUUUCAGAAACAUUUGAUGAGAUGAUGGAGUACGUACAACAAGCAGACAACUGGAAAGAGAUAAGAGAAGAGUUAGAGGGUCGCAAUGUGAAAUGUAUGUCUUUCUAUGACAUUGUUUUGGAUUUCUUUAUACUGGAUUCCUUUGAUGACCUGUCUGACCCUCCAUCUUCAGUAACGUGUAUUACUCGGAAUCGUUGGCUUUCAAAUACCGUGAAGGAAACAGCAUUAUCCACAGCUAUCUGGUCCGUUUUAAGUGCAAAACGCAAGAUGUUAAGGAACCAAAAUGGCUUUCUUUCUCGAUUUUAUACACUGUCUAAUCACAUCAGUCCGGCGUUGGCGUGGGGUUUCUUGGGGUCAGAUGAAAACUUAACAGAGGUCAUGGAGUUUUUCAAGGACCAAAUUUCCAAGUUUUGUUGCGACAUCUUCUCGCUGGAGAAAUGUCGCUUUUCAUCCGUCCAUGAACUGAGUGAUGAUAUCUUGAGUUGGUUCAAGGCAUACAACAUUGUUGUCUCUGAAAGACUGGAUACCACAUAAGACACAAAGGCAUUUAAGUACUGUGUUCUAAUCAGAGUUAGCAGGGCUUGAACAAAACCCAUCGUUAAUCAUCAGUAUUAGAUUCUGGUCAGAGUUUUUAGGGCUGGUCAACUACAUUGGAUUCUGCUCAGAGGUAGCAAUCUCUGAACAAAUAAUAUGGUCAUUCAUGUACAUAGAAUCUGAGAAAAUCACAAAUUGAAAGUUAUAUUUUUUACAGAAGGUGGGUUAUACAAUAUAUAGUCAGUGUAUUUUUCAGGUUGUGUAACAGUUUUGUAGAAGACCAGCAGGCAAGGACCAUUUGUAUAAGGCCAGAUAGCUAAGCACAAUGAUAGACAAAAGAAUCACUGAGCUAUUGCAAAUAGUAACCUGACUCAAACUCUUGCCAAACAGCUGCAGAUAGCCAGUUCAUGCCAAACAGUAAAGGAUAAUUAGUACGAAUCCAAUGAAUGAGAACAAUAACAACUUGGGCAAACAGUAGAAACCUAAUAUCAGAGGUCAGUCCAUACAUGCCCGAUAGUUGAGUGUAGUCUCAGUGUUCACCGUAGCCCAGUAUUUAAUCUAAAGACAGUCAGUGCAGACCUACCAGCUAUGAACAAACAUUAGCUAUGAUGUCUGAAGUCGAAGACACACUGAUGAUGCGAUAUAUGCUAAUUGUUGGUGGUAAUCCUGAUGCGACAUCAUUAAAAACAAUCUAUUACACAUGCCUCGUUGUGUUGAGUUCACGUUGACUGUUGACGUAGUGUGACACAGGCGUAUGGUGGUACUAAUAAUUAUAUAUUUUUUGUUUGGAAUCCUCCACGACCACUGUUACACAUGAUCAGUUUUAAAACAAGAGUAAACUUUGAUUGGUUAUCAGCUAUUGACUGUUCUGAUCUACAGGCCUUGUAAUGUCAGCAUGUAUGUCAUUGUAAAACCUGUUGUCCACCAUCAUAAUUUUGAAUUUAAUUAAAAGCCUGAUAGCCAGUUUUUAAUGCUGGAUUUUAUUUGCACCAGUUGACCACAUCCUAACCUUUAAAUUUCAACCAUUUUAAUUGUAUCAAAUUUAACAUUGUAGCUAUCAUUUUACUACUUAAAUCAUGUUCAUUGGUGCUUAGUGUUGGAAUCGGAUGCAAUUGCUUUUGGUAUAAAUAUGGUGGUACCAAAUGUAUUGUGCAAGAAAUGAUAACAGCAGUGACAUAAAAUAUUUACUUAUAUAUUUAUUUGCACAAUAUUUAGGAAUUUUUUUAUGCACAUUAAAAAUUAUGGCUGGUUUGAAGUUGCUCCCUCAGGAGUACACAUGUAGUUACAACAUGUUGUUUAUGAUACAUUAUCAUUUUUAAUAUUCAUAUUGGCAUAGGAUCAUAAUGGUUUCAGUGUGUGUCAUGAGAGCAUUUUUAAUGGUAUUUUGUUUUUUAAUCAAAUUAAUGGUUAUGAAUCGGACCACAUACUAACUCUUGUUUUUUGCUUGCAAUAUUUUGAGAUUUCUUUCAAAAAGCUGUUUGAUUUAGCUGUAUAACCAUGGAGGAAUAAAUUUAGAAACUUGGCUAAAAUAUUUCAGCAAAAUGCUUUAGGAAUUACAUGGGUAGUGUCUUUAGAAUGAUAUAAUUCAAGGUAGAACCAGCUCAAGAAUUUCCCCUAAAAAGCAGGAAUUAGGGGUGGGGAAGAGGGAAAUGUAUAUAUUUAUAUUAUAAGCACUGGAAAAAAUUACAAAAUUGCAACAAACUACUCUAUACAUACAGUCACAUUCAGUGGAAUUCUGUAUUAAAACUUCGCAGUUUAGAAUUGUGCAAUGUAGCGGAAUAUUAAAUUAGUUGAUAAUUGUAUCAUCAUAGCCUAAGCCUAUGCAACUACUGUAUUGAUCAUAAUAUGAAUACAGUAUAUGUAUAUGAAGUUGAUAGCUAAUAUUCUUACCAUUUAGCUGUUAGCAACUUUGCUAAUUGGGGGUUGGAUAAGAACUGGUCACAAUAAUACAGGGGUGGGGAGGGGGUGUUGUUUAAGUUGAUCUUUUGAAACUAGGGAGCUCCAGCUCAGUUUUAUUCGUAAAUAAAAUGUUUAACUGUCAAAUAUAUUUUAAUUAUUGUAAAAUGAACACCAUUAUUAAGGUAAACCAACUUACCAUGUAAAACUUACAUUUUAGUUGUCUUUCUUAUGUGUUGUAUCAGGACCAAUAUUGUUAAUCUAAGCAAUAAUGUAAAUCAAAAUUAAAAUAUCUUUUUGGCUUAAGGAUGUACAUUUAAAAUGGAAUGAAUAAAUACUAAACAUUGUACGAGAAUUUAAA